AAAAAGAAAAAAAAAAUACUUCGCCUUUUUAUGAGUACAGAAAAGAACACCUAAUAAAUAUUUUUGAUUGCUUUGCUAUAAUAUUUCAAAAUAAAUAAGAUUUUCAUAGCAGAAGAAGUGUAUUCACAAUGUCUGCCAGUAUAGUCUCCCUGAGAAUGAAUACGUCCACCGCUAUGGUGGAUCGUAUGGUGAAUUUUUUUGUAGAACAUGAAGAUUUGCGUACAAAAAGUUGGUUUCUAUCCAACUCUCCGGGACCGCUAUUCAUGAUAUUAGUCGCAUAUUUAUAUUUUUGCUUAUCAGCGGGUCCACGAUAUAUGCGUGAUCGUAAACCGUACGAAUUGAAAACCACCUUACUGGUGUACAAUGCUUUACAAGUCGUAUUUAGUUGGAUAUUACUGUACGAGGGCUACAAAGGCGGUUGGGACGGUUAUUAUAAUUUUAAAUGUCAACCAGUUAGUUAUACAACAGAUCCACGAGCUAUGAGAAUGGCUCGGGCAGUUUGGCUAUAUUAUAUCGCCAAGUUAACGGAAUUACUGGACACCGUAUUCUUUGUGCUGCGUAAAAAAGAACGUCAGGUUUCAUUCCUCCAUCUAUAUCAUCAUACAAUGAUGCCGAUUUGUGCCUUUAUCGGUGUUAAGUACUUUGCAGGUGGUCAUGUUACUUUAUUAGGUUUCAUCAAUUCCUUUAUACACAUUAUAAUGUAUACAUAUUAUCUGUUGGCUGCUUUGGGUCCCCAAGUUCAAAAGUAUUUAUGGUGGAAAAAGUAUUUAACAAUUAUGCAAAUUAUACAAUUUUUAAUCAUUUUUGUUCAUACGGGCCAAUUGCAAUUUCAACCCAACUGUAAUAUAUCAAAAUUUAUAGCCGGUUUAUUAACAUUCAAUGCGGCUUUAUUCACCUACAUGUUCAGCUCCUUUUACGUAAGAAACUAUAUGAAGAAUAAAUUUCAACGUAAUACCUCCGAUCAAGCAAUUACGACUAAAACAAAAUAA